CCCUUCGCACUUUCCCAACUCCUCAAAAUUGAGUGUCAUUACCUUUCUCUGAGUCCAAGUUCCAACGAAAUGUGAACAGUGAAAGAAACAAAAAAAACACCAUGAUGCUGAAGGCGGCACCGCGUGCAGUAAUCUACUACCUCUCGGAGCACCCGGCUAUCGUGGGGUUCCGGUGGAGCCACGCCCAAUCAUGGGGCGCCACGUGGUCCUUCCUCUUCUCCUCAAUUGCCUCCUACCUCUUCCUCUCAGUCUUCCUAUACUUCUCUCUUUCUCUCCUCUUCCGCCGCCGUCAAAUCCCUCUCGGCCCCCUUCCCGCCGUCCACAGCCUCUCCAUGUCCCUCAUCUCCGCCACGAUCUUCGCCGGCAUCCUCCUCUCUGCCGCCGCCGAGAUCAGCGACACGCGGUGGUUCUGGCGGCGCUCCAAAACCCCCCUACAGUGGCUCCUCUGCUUCCCCUUGGGCACGCGCCCCUCGGGGCGCGUCUUCUUCUGGUCCUACGUCUACUACCUCUCCCGCUUCCUCCACAUGCUCCGCACCCUCCUCAGAAUCCUACGCCACCGCAGGCUAUCAUUUUUUCAUCUGUUGAGUAACUCAAUCUCCGCACUCGCCUCCUUCCUCUGGCUCGAGUUCUCGCAGUCCUUUCAAGUCCUCGCAAUUCUCUUCGCCACGCUCGUGUACGCAGCCGUCUACGGCUACCGCUUCUGGACCGCCAUCGGCCUCCGCGGCGCGUGCUUCCCCUUCGUCCUCAGCUGCCAGAUCGUGCUCCUCGCCUGCAAUGUUGCCUGCCACGUCGCCGUCUUCUUCCUCCACUUCUUCCUCAAGGGCGGGUGCAAUGGGAUCGGCGCGUGGGUCUUCAACUCAAUCCUCAACCUCGCUCUUCUUAUGCUCUCUCUUAACUUCUACGUGAGAAUGCACGUUCACAAGAGGAGGAGGAAAGUUAGGGAUGUUACUGUUACUGUUGCUACUGCACUGUCUUAACGAGCGCGUGAGUGCAACAAAUAUUGAAGUUUAAUUGUGGAAAUAUAUAUUAGACACGAGUUGGUUGUUGCAAUUUGGGGUCCCAAGUGUGUUCCCUUUUUAAUGUUCAUCAUUUUUAGCAUGGAACAGGUGAACAAGAUAUUAUAGUAUAGUGUUGUUGGAAAGCAAAUAUUAUAGUAGUAAUAUUUUUGUGGUACGGAUUAUGAUUUUGUGAA